GUUGUAGAUCGCUGGCCUUGUUGUGAUACAGUAUUGACAAAAUGCCGAUGGGGAAGGUCGCCGUCCACUGGUUUCGGCAUGGCCUGCGCUUCCAUGACAAUCCUGCCCUGCUGGAGGCCCUGCAAGAUGCUAAGAUGUUCUAUGCAAUCUUCAUAUUUGAUGGGGAGAGUGCAGGGACGAAGGUCACUGGCUACAACCGGCAAAGGUACUUGACUGAAUCUUUAUUAGACUUGGAUCAACAGCUGAGGGAUGUUGGAUCUCAGCUCUUUGUCUGCGAAGGAAAUCCAGUUGAUAUAUUUUCCACCUUACACAAAGAAAUUGGUCUGACUCACCUCUCAUUUGAGCAGGACUGUGAGGCGAUCUGGAACAAACGUGACAAUGCUGUGCGGAAGCUGUGUUCAGAACUUGGGGUGACAGUAAUAGAGAGAAUAUCGCACACCCUGUGGGACCCAUUUGAGGUCAUUGAGGCAAAUGGGGAUCAACCACCCACCACCUAUGAGAUGUUUGUGCAAGUGAUAAAAGUUUUAGGGGACCCUCCCAAACCUUCGCCAAAUCCUGACUGGGAAAAUGUUUUAUUUGGAAACAUUUCUGAUGAAGUUGCUCAGAAGAUAAAGCUGUUUCCACAAGUCCCUUCAGUAGAGGAACAAGGCUAUACACGCAUCAGGGAGUGUCCUGUAUAUAUUGGAGGAGAGAAGGUUGCUCUGGCUCACCUUCAGGAACGGCUCAUAGUGGAAGAGAAUGCAUUCAGAGACGGGUACAUCUUGCCUAAUCAAGUCAAUCCAGACCUGCUCGGCCCACCUAUGAGUAUGUCUGCUGCACUAAGAUUUGGGUGUCUAUCUGUCAGGAAGUUCUACUGGGAUAUGCAGGAGACUUACCAGAAGAUCAACAGAGGAGAGCCACCCGCCUCUCACUCCCUGACUGCUCAACUCAUUUGGAGAGAGUUUUUCUACUGCAUGUCUGCCAACAAUCCUAAGUACAGUGAAAUGGAGGGCAAUCCAAUAUGCAUUCAGAUCCCGUGGUACAAGAAGCCUGGUGAGCUGGCAGCCUGGGAGGAGGGACGCACCGGGUACCCUUUCAUUGAUGCUUGCAUGAGGCAGCUCCGCAAGGAGGGAUGGAUUCAUCAUGUGUGCCGAACAGUGGUGUCCUGUUUCCUGACUCGAGGAGAUCUUUGGAUAUCGUGGGUGGAUGGGCUAAAGGUGUUCUACAAGUACCUCAUUGAUGCGGACUGGUCCGUGGCAGCUGGCAACUGGAUGUGGAUCAGCUCCUCAGCCUUUGAGCGGCAGCUGGACUGCUCUGUGUGCGUCUGUCCUGUGGAGUAUGGCCGCAGGAUUGAACCCACUGGAGAUUACAUAAGACAAUAUGUGCCGGAGUUGGCCAACUUUCCCCAAGAGUUCAUUUUUGAGCCAUGGAAAGCAUCACUUGCCAUACAGAAGGAGCACAACUGUAUCAUUGGACAAGACUACCCAGAGCGUAUUGACCACACUGAGGCCUCCAAGAGCAACUCUAAGAUAAUGAAGAGCAUUCGGAAGAGACUGAAGAAGCCUCCCCGGCACUGCUCCCCGUCAGACUCUGAGGAGAUCAAGCAAUACCUGCGUCUGCCUCAGUCCUGCUUCCACAAUGUCUUCUGAGUGGAUGUAGCUCCCUACAUGGCAGCUACCUUUAUAAAUGAACGUGAAACUUGCUCAUGUUCUUUAUCAAUGCUCUCUUCAUUUCUUACUGUACAUGUAUUCUAAUUAACAGAAGUGUGUGCUCAGCUUACCUAAACAUUGAAGCCAAGCUGUUCUGUUAGAUGAUUGGUUGAUUGACUGAUUUUCUUUGAUCAGUUUGUGGCAUUAUUUAACUAGUGUGUAAGGAGUUCACAUCAUAACAGGUACAGUUGCAGAAAUAUUUCUUCCCAUCUUUUUCAACAGCAAUAGAUCCAUUUACCAUUCACACAGCAUCCUGCCUUGUCACUCCCUCCUUCCUGCCAAUGAUUAUUACUGUGUGAACACUAAAUGGACUUAUGGCUGACAAAAGUGAUAGAAUUUUUUAGGGAGUCAAAGUUACAUAAACAUAACUUCAAGAUAAAUUAACUACUAGAAAAUUUAUGUAUGUUUAAUGGGGUCCCUGAUGUAGUUAUCCAUAUCAACAUCAUCAUCAAUUGUCAGCCAGUAACAGGUUGAGUUCAUCUAGCUGGCUUUUAAGAGCUCGUCUUUCUUUAUGGGUGUUCUGUAAUUCUGUUUUAUCUUUUUCCCUUCAUUUUUCAACACUUCAUUUCUUUUAAUUUUAAUUUUAUAUAUGGUGAACUAUUUAAUCUUUGUAAUUUGGCUGUCAUUUUGUAUCUCCAUUUUUUAGAACCUUACUUCUUUCUUUAUAAGCUCUUCAAGUUAAUUCUCUGAACAGUGUGAAGUAGUAGAUAACUGCAAUGAAUUCCUAGCUCCCUCAUGACUUUGGGUUGAAGAUGUUUAUCAGUCUGAAGAAAUCAUUAUUAGAUCUCAGCUUGAAGUAUUUCCUGAUGUGAGAUGAUAGCAUUGAGAGUCACACAGGUCCUAUGUAAUCCUUAUGGUACUGAAUAGUUAUGGAGCUUGGACAUAAUCUCUUCCUCAUCAGAUUAAUUGCUCUAUCCUAAGAAAUGCAAUGCAGAUUUUUCAUACAAAUUCCAGCUUCAUUUUCUUGAACUGUUAUGGAUUUAUCAUAAGAUGCCAUACUUCUGCCAUGUUUGUAAUGAACUUUUCAUUCAAGUGACCCACACUGGCAUCCCUGCAACCUUGGGACUGCCUGGGAAUAGCUGAGGACUCUCCUUUGUUUGGAGCUGUCCACACACUUCAGGUUUUACCAUUAUUCUUUAUUAAUGAGAAGCUCUUAUUGCUGUUCCAUAGCAACAAAAAACUAAUAUCUGUGUACUUUCUUAACCAUCCGUCUCUCCCAGCACUAGAUUAUGUAUUUGUGCCAUAGACUUUUGCUUUACGUAACCUGUACAAAAUUGCAGGAAACUUAAUGUUUAAGCAGUCUCAUACAAUGAAUAUUUGGUGUAUAUUUGUUAUUUUUCAUGUAUUACUGAAUUGAAUAAGAAAAAUGCAUCUAUCUGAGAUUCUCCCAUGCAACAGAGUAGCCAAUACAAGACAGUUUGCCUCACUAUUUUGUAAGAAUGAUUAUGUAGGGAAUAGGCUCUCAUCUUUGAUCCAUCCCUAUCCUGUCGCCAUUCUGUCCUCCCCUUGUGUGAUUUGUAUUCUUCUUAUCCAACUGUGGAGUUUGGUCAGGAAUUUAGCCACCCAGUGACUUGGAAACAUGGUAAUACUGCCACUGAAUGAUGUUUUUUCUUAGUAAUUGUGUUCAGAAUUCCUAUUUGGUUUAGAAGUGUGUGGCAAACUUGAGUUGUAAGGCACACACAUUAGUCAUACAUAGCUGAGUGAUUUUGAGCCUUGUGCUAGUUUUACAUCAGUACUAUUAGACUGUAUAAGAUGAGUAGCAUGAGAAACAUUCUUAUACCUCUUGCUCAAGUCAAACAAUAUCCAUCACUGUAUGGUAAUGGAAAUAUAACAGUAGAAAUUAGUGAGAAGUUUUAUAGAGGACAGUCAAUAUGUCUUGUCGGUGAUAUGAAGCAAGGGAAACACCGGUGAAAGUGAUUAGAAGUGCAAUGUUAUGAGAUGGCCAAGAAACAUGACUAAGUGAAUGUGUCUUGGUGAUAUGAAGUAAGAAAAACACACCGGUGAAAGUUAAUUUUAAGUGCAGUGUUCUCUGUUCUAAAGGAAACUAAGCAGGGUAAAUGUCUAAGCAAAAUGAGUGUGUGCAAGAUUGAUUGUGGGGUCUCCUGAGGAAUACAAAUACUUUUUUAGUUUGAUAUAUAUAUAUUGUUACAGCUGCACUUUGUGUGUGUGUGUGUGUGUGUGUGUGUGUGUGUGUGUGUGUGUGUGUGUGUGUGUGUGUGUCAGAGGCCUUUCCUGUUUUAGUAUAAGAUUUUAGGCAGUUGAAAUAUGUAUUGUACCUUUUAUGAUAGUCAUGACUGUAAACAGUUGAAAUACCUCACAUCUUUAAGUUAGUAGUAGUAGAUUUGCUGUGAUUGUAUUUAGAUUACUAAAACAUAAUUGGUUUAAGUUAACUAGGAUAUAAUUGGCCAGACUUAACUAAGGUAACUAAGAUAAUAUUAAUUCUGAUAUCACUAAAUUCUUAAUCAUAUUUGUCAAAAUUAUGAUUGACCAUUAUUUUCAAACACUGCAUCAUCUUGUUUUGUUUUCCAUAAGUGGUAGUGGAAGUUACUGAAAUUUCAAAGGUGUUUUAUAAUUUAAGUGGCAGUUUAAAAGAAUCCUGCAUUAUUUAUGAGAAAAACACUCAUGGAAACCUGAAUAAUUAUUUGUAUAGCCAUUUGAGAGGCCAAAAUGUUUCAAGAAUUUCGAUUAAGUCUUGUGGUUAAUUAGUUUUAGAAAAAGAAUCUGGCUUAGCUUAACGCAGCAAGUCUCUUCAGGAAUUACAAUUAAUCUAAUUUUACGAAGUCUUA